AUUACCCUCACUCAGUUCUCUGUUAUCCAAGAUGCUGUGGAUCGGACUACUCCUCGCCCUCAGCCUUGCAACCGGGGACGCUAAAUCCGUGGUAAAACGACAAGUAGCAGCAGAUACACAAAAUGAUGCUGAACUAUGCAAAAACCGAUCUCCAAGUGAAUAUUUUAGGUUGACAGCAGAUGAAGAUUGCCGAGAUGUCGUCCGUUGCUCAGUGCAAGGUCUCCUGGCUUUGCGAUGUCCUUCUGGUCUAGCUUUUGACAUUGAAAGCCAAACUUGCAACUGGAAGGCCAAUGUUAAGAAUUGUCAACAACUCGAAAAACCUCGUCUGGCCACUCCUCUUCUGGCCACUGAUGAACCAAUAUGCGAGAAAGGGAAACUGGCUUGCGGAAAUGGUGAAUGCAUUAUGAAAGAAUUAUUUUGUAAUGGUGCCCCAGAUUGCCCUGAUGGAUCAGAUGAAAAUGCUUGCACCGUAGACAAAGAUCCUAAUCGUGCUCCGCCUUGUGACCAAAACCAAUGUGUUCUCCCUGAUUGUUUCUGUUCUCCUGACGGAACUCAGAUUCCUGGAAAACUUGAACCCAAUGCAGUACCUCAGAUGAUUACCAUUACUUUUGAUGAUGCUGUUAACAACAACAAUAUUGACAUAUACGAAAGGAUUUUCCGAGAAGGACGCAACAAUCCAAAUGGAUGCACAAUCAAGGGUACUUUCUUCGUCUCGCAUAAAUACACCAACUAUUCGGCUGUCCAAGAGCUUCAUAGGAAAGGACAUGAAAUUGCUGCUCAUUCCAUCACACAUAGAAAUGACGAGAAGUACUGGAGUGAAGCAAAUGUUGAAGCCUGGGCAAAGGAAAUGGCUGGAGUUCGACUCAUCAUUGAACGUUUCUCAAACAUUACAGAUAACUCAGUUGUUGGCAUCCGAGCUCCUUACCUUCGAGUCGGUGGAAACAACCAAUUUUUCAUGAUGGAAGAGCAAGCUUUCCUUUAUGAUUCAACCAUCACAGCUCCUCUGAGCAAUCCUCCCCUUUGGCCAUACACUCUGUAUUUCCGAAUGCCUCACAAAUGCCACGGAAAUGGACAAAAUUGUCCAACUCGAUCUCACGCAGUCUGGGAAAUGGUCAUGAACGAAUUGGACAGAAGAGAUGAUCCAACAUUCGACGAAGAACUUGCAGGUUGUGCUAUGGUAGACAGUUGCAGCAAUCUCUUGACUGGGGAGCAAUUCUACAAUUUCCUCAACCACAAUUUGGACAGGCACUACAAAACCAACAGAGCUCCUCUUGGACUAUUUUUCCAUGCAGGUUGGCUGAAACUUAACCAAGAGUUCAAUGAUGCUCUUAUUCAGUGGGUUGACGAAAUGCUCGACAAGAAUGAUAUAUAUUUCGUAACCAUGACACAAGUUCUUCAAUGGAUGCAGUCUCCAACCGAGCUCAGUUCCAUCAGAGAUUUCGCACCAUGGAAAGAAAAGUGCGAAGUGAAAGGACAAGCUCUGUGUUCUCUUCCUAACGCAUGUCCCCUGACCACCCGAGAGUUGCCUGGAGAAACAAUCCGUCUACACACCUGCAUUGAAUGUCCUCAAAAUUACCCAUGGUUGGAAGAUCCAACAGGAGAUUACUUCGCAUUUAAAUAAAAACUUUAAACAUUAGACAUUUGAAUGAAAACUUCAUACAUUUGUACAGAAAAUAAAAUUGUAAAUCGCCCUUUUUCGAGUUCAAUUUUUUUGAAUGCUAUGUUUAGUGAACUCAUUUCAAGGGAUUUUCGACAACUGCUCGUUUUAUAUAAAUUGUUAUUCCUUCGUUUUGUG